AUGGCUGAGCUGAGCACUUUUAAACAAGUGCACCAUAAGGUACCCUGCAUAGCACAAAGGGAUCAGUCAAGGGCUGGAGGUCAGAAGUGGAAACCACCAACUUGGCCUUAUUUGAAAGUCAAUUUUGAUGCUGCUUUUGACAAAAUGAAGGAAAUGAUGGGUAUGAGAAUCGUCAUCAGAGAUUGUGAAGGGGACUUGCUGGCUUCUUUGUUGGUUUCAAAUGAAUGUGUAAAUUCAGUUUUCUUAGCAGAAAGCAAUGCUCUUCUAAGAGCCAUGGAACUGUGCCAAGACUUGGCCUUCACUUUGGUGGAGUUCGAAGGUGAUGCAAAGGCUGUUGUUGAUGUUGUUAAGUCAAAUGUAGAUGAAAAUUCUUGGCUGGGGCAAGUAAUUGAGGACAUUAAACAAAUGAUGAAUAGAUUCUCUUCAUGGAAGCUUUCUUUUGCUCAUAGAAUGAGCAACAAGGUUGCUCAUGAAGUUGCUAAGCUGGCUUUAAGGUUUGAUAGUGAAAGAGUGUGGUUAGAAGAGGGUCCUCUUUAG